CCUCCUGCCUGCUCUGCCCCUCCCAAGGUAAGAGCCCAGUGAGCCACUUUCCUGCUGGCUGUCCCUUCUCUGCUCCUGGAGGCUUGGCGAGCAGGACGGGACCGUGCCGUACCAGGGCUGCCGGGCUGGGCGAAGGUUCUCGGCUAACCUCCAGCCCUAGCCGGACUCUGUCCCCCAGCUACACCCUGGUGCCCCAGCCGGACCCCGCGCCCCGGCCGGACCCCGUGCCCCAGCCAUGGAGCUGCCGAGCGCCUGCAGCCACCCGUGCUGGUUCCUGCUCACGCUGCUCCUGGGGCUGCUCCUCUGGGCCAGGAGGAGACGCACCUGGGACCCCCGCAAGUGUCCCACCGACCUGACCGGCAAGACGGUGAUUGUCACCGGAGCCAACAGCGGGAUCGGCAAGUGCGUGGCCCUGGACCUGGCCCGCAGGAAUGCCCGCACCAUCCUGGCGUGCCGGAGCAGGGAGCGGGGCCAGGCAGCAGUGGAGGAGAUCCGGGCGGCCACCGGCAACCCCGCGGUGCUGCUGCGGCUGCUGGACACCGGAUCGCUGGCCUCCGUGCACGCCUUUGCCCAGGCUGUGCUGCGGGAGGAGAAGCGGCUGGAUGUGCUGGUGAACAACGCCGGCCUCACCGGGCUGCCCUUCACCAUUACGCCGGAGGGGCUGGAGCAGACCUUCGCCACCAACUACCUGGGACCGUUCCUGCUCACCAACCUGCUGCUGGACCUCCUGAAGGCGUCAGCGCCCGCCCGUGUCGUCAACGUCUCGUCCUUCCGGCACAGCGCGGGCACCGCCAACGGCCGCUACCUCACCGGGCAGGAGCGGCCUGGCGGCUUCGAUGCCGCCUACAACAGCACCAAGCUGAUGAACGUCCUCUUCACCGCCGAGCUGGCGCGGCGCCUGCAGGGCACAGGGGUGAUCGCCAACGCCCUGAGCCCCGGCGUGGUGAGCACCAGCAUCAUGCGCCACUUCAGCUGGGCCGUCCGGGUGCUCUUCGCCCUCAUCCGCCCCUUCAUAAAGUCGGCAGAGCAGGGGGCCAUCAGCACCAUCUACUGCGCCGUCUCGGAGGAGGUCUCGGGCAUCACGGGCAAGUACUUCGACAGCAACUGCAGGCUGGCGCUGCCCUCCAUGGCCGCCCGUGACGCCGGCCUCGCUCGCAAGCUCUGGGAAGAGUCGGAGAGGCUGACAGGGCUCACCGAUGGCCCCCGGCACUGAGCCGGCGGCAGCUCUGUGUGGGGACGUGGCAGUGCCACCUGGUGCUGCCAGCCGCUGUGCUGGGGUCCCCGCAUCUCCCCGGGACACGGGGUCAGAUGCUGCCAGGGGGACAGUGCCAUGCGGGUGGUGGGCAGCCACCGCCAGGGAGCUGCCCCGGCCCCAGUGGUGCCAGCACCCCAAAGCACAGCAGAGGGGGGGUCACCCCACCUAAGCCAGCCCCCCGGUCCCACAGGCGCAGCCCCUACAGCCCCUUCCUACGAGGGAGAGGGGCCACGGGGCCCAGCCAGGCCAGGCCAGCCGCUGUGACGGCGCAUAGACUGUGCCAACAGCUGUGGUGUAAAUGCUUUAUUAAAAAGCCCUGUGCAGCCAGC